AUGGGGGCGUUGUAUAGUUGUUGCUGGCGGAGUCAUGAGGAGAACAAAGAUGAGGAGAACUCUAUUUUACGGUAAGAAUAUUAAGAUUUACGGUAAGAAUAUUGUUGUUUUAUGAUACACUUCAUACUUCGUCACGUUUCCUCUGGAAUAUCAUGUGCAUGCUUUUUUUAAAUGAUAGGCUUUAUUAAAAUAGUGGGCAUGCAAUGGGAACCUAUUCUAGUCUAUUUAAUUCGGACCUAGAGAUUCUUCUGAAUGGGGAAAAUAUAUAUAGCAAAGUCUUUUUUUUUUUUCAUGGCACACUGCCCAAGAUAUAAAACAAGCAGCGUAUGUGAAGCCUCUGUAAUCUGGUAUGUAGACUAUGUUUAGGAGAAUCUCUCAGGUCAGCAUGUGUUUAGGCUACUCCUUACUGAACCACAGCACUUUCACGGGCAAGGCUCAGUCAAAUCAGGGAUCCUGGGACUAUAAGGAACCAGAACCAGAACCAAAUCUGUGACAAGAGACAGAGAGACUACUUCAACAUGAACUUAAACUUAUCUCUGGUCUUCCAGAUAUGAGACUUCCAAAAUGCAGAGCGCCAGGACUCGGACCUCCUCCAGGACUCGGACCUCCAAGACGCAGACCUCCAGAGCCAGCGUGUCCAGCCACAGUGACCCAAGCCCGGGUCAGGAGGGCCUGCCUUGGAGGACAGAGGAGCAGGAGUGGGUCCCCUGGAGCAGCCCCAGGACCUCCAUGGGUGAUGCAGAGUCGGACGGAGAGCUCCAAGCCUUCAUCAUGAUGAGGAACGAGGCAGAUACGUACACAGAG